AUGGAUGAAAUCACGCUGAUAACCAGUAACGACACACUCAUUUGGAAUGAGGGUCCAAUGGACAUGAACCAAACGGCAAGCGACAAUCAUGGGGGGCCGGAGGUUGUAAUUGUCCCUGUCAUUUUUGGAUUAAUAUUUCUGUUAGGUGUCAUAGGUAACGCGCUGGUUAUGAUUGUAAUUGGAAGAAUCAAAUCCAGGCGCGCAAGAAGUACCACCAAUAUUUUUAUUCUGAACCUCAGCAUAGCGGAUUUGUCGUUCCUUCUUUUUUGUGUCCCAUUCCAAGCCACGAUAUACUCCCUUCCUGAAUGGGUUUUUGGCGCCUUUCUGUGUAAAUUCGUGCACUACUUUGUAAUGGUGAGCAUGCUUGUGAGCAUCUUCACACUCGUGGCCAUGUCGGUGGACAGGUACAUUGCUGUGGUUCUUUCAAAAAAGUCCCCCUGGAUUCGCAGUAAGAAGAAUGCGUUCAUUGGAGUUUGCGUUAUUUGGUUGUUGUCAUUUGUCUUCGCUGUCCCAGUGGCUCAACAUCAGACACUAACUGGCCAUGAAGAGGCUCCCAACAGUUCAUUUUGUUGGGAGGCAUGGGCCGAAAAUGCGUCAAAACGCACAUACAAAGUGACCAUAUUGAUAAUUGGUUAUUUGCUGCCGUUGGCUUUGAUAACUUGUUGCUAUGCAAAGGUAUUGUCCCAUCUCCAUAAAAAGAUGAAGAACAUGUCCAAGAAAUCUGAACGUUCAAAGAGAAAGACGGCCCAGACUGUGCUCUUGGUGGUGGCCGCUUUCCUCAUCUGCUGGAUGCCACAUCACAUCAUCGCCAUGUGGGUGGAGUUUGGUAGCUUCCCCCUGAAUGACGCCUCCUUUGCCUUUCGCAUCAUCUCACACUGCCUAGCUUAUGGCAACUCCUGUGUCAACCCGAUCCUCUAUGCCUUCUUGUCUGAGAACUUUCGAAAGGCCUGCCAGCAAGUCUUCACCUGCCGCUUUCUCUUCCCUCCUCCACCUGUGGAGAAAGUUGUCCGCAUUCGCAUGGAGAACUUCUCCUCAACUCACUCUACCACCAAUGUGUAA